AUGGCCUCUCGCCACCACCUCUGCAACCCCACCACCGCCGCCGCCACCACCUGUUCAUGCCAUUGUUUCCACACUACCUACUCCACUUGUCACUAUGACUCUCUUCCACUGCCACCACCGCCAGCGAUGGAGGUCCAUCUCCACGCAACCCCUUCUCACAUCCACCACACACCAACCCACAUAGAUCCACCUUACACCACGCCACCCCACCUCCCAAAUCCACCUCAACACUACCCCGUUUGCUAUUUCCAAGAACCCCGACAAACACAAAGAGACCCCACUGUGUCUGUAUCCUCCCUCCUCAGCCGCAUCGCCGCCCUCGAGUCCGCCCUCCGCCGCCGAUCUCCUUCGUCUUCUCAGUCCCUUCGUGAGGCUGCUGCCUCUAUUAUUCAGUCCCACUUCAGAGUUUUCCUUGCACGCAGGUCAAGAACCCUUCGGCAGCUCAAAGAUCUUGCUUCCGUCAAAUCCACGCUCAGCAUUCUGAAAUCCUCAGUUUCUGAAAAUACCCAUUAUGAUUGCGAAGCUUUAUCUCAAAAAACCAUGGCCCUGCUUCUCAAACUCGACUCCAUUAAGGGUGGUGAUCCCAUGAUUAGAGAUGGGAAAAAAUCACUAAGCAGGGAGUUGUUUAAUUUUCUGGAGUUCAUCGAGGGUUUGAAAAGAAGGAAGCUUUCAAAUAGUUUAGUUAAGAAUGUGAGGAAUGGGGAGAAUAAUGUUAAAUCUAGGGUUUCCCAAGGUAAGAGAAUUUUGGGCAAUGUCAAUGUGGACGAAUUGAAAGUUCUAGUAGAAAGGAUCAAUAAAUUAUCUCAGUACGAUGAGGAGGGAGUCAAGUUAAUUGAAAACUCUGGUGUCAGUGACAUUUCUAUGAUAAGAGAUCAAGGUGUUUUUCAGAAUAGAAAUGUUGGUUUGAUGAAAAGGGGUGAUGGGGUUCAAUCCAAGGGAAGAAAAAGUGUAACCUUUGCUGAGAAUGGGAAUGUUUACAGGGUUUACAGAUCAACCGGGAAGCCAUGUUCAAAUGGGGACUGUGAUGUUAGCAUUAAUGGGGAUGAUUCAAUUGAUGAUGAGAGAGAGCUCCUUGACAAUCUUUGCCGAGAAGUUGAAGAAAUUGGAGUGUCUUCGAAAGAGGCUGAGGAUGAUGAGGAGGAGAAAGAUCUGUUGGAAAAUGGAAGUGGUGGCGAAAAAGAAUUGAGAAAUUAUCCAGAAAGUGAAAGUAAACAUGUCGAAAUGGGAGGUUUUGUUUUCUCAGCUCCAUUGCCUGUGAAGAUGGAAACAAGAGGUGAUUUCUUGGAGAAUAGGAAGACUGUAAAAUUCGCUAAGUAG